UGCGCGCGCACCAUGCGCGUUCUUUUCCAUCCGCGUGUCCGCGAGAUUGGUUGUGUGUCCACAAAGCAGGAUUCCAUCCGGGAGAAAGAUGCCGUCUAAAAACGUUGUUGAAGUUGUCAAAAUGAUGGAAGAAGAGGUUGACACGACUGUGGACGUUAAGGCUUUAAAGAUCAAAUCCAAGGAGGGCAAGAAACUGAAGAAGAAGAUCAAGGAAGAAGAGCCGGACAACGAAUGUCCUAUACCAAAAAAGAAGAAAAAAAACAAGCUGGCAGAGGACCAAGUCAAUGGAGACAUUGACCAAGCCACAGACCCGAAUGGCAGCACUGAUAUUUCAGAGCCACCAAAGAAGAAGAAAAAAAAGAACACAGAAGCAGUCAAGGAGGAGACAAAAAAGAAGCAAAAGAAAGAAAUCAUCGAAACCAACGGACAUUCCUUGCCAGACACACCUGAGCCGACCCCCAUUCAGACACCAUCUCAGUCAGACGACUCAACCAGUGACAGUGAAAAAGAAAGUGUAAGACUGGAGGAAACCCCUGAGCAAAAAAAGGGAGCCUUCUCUAAUUUCAGAAUCUCUGCUGACACCAUUCAGAAACUAAAAGCUCGCGGGGUCUCCUACCUUUUUGACAUUCAAGUCCAGACUUUUGAUUCGGUAUAUGAUGGGCAUGACGUACUCGCACAGGCCCGUACCGGUACAGGAAAGACUUUCUCCUUUGCCAUUCCUCUUGUGGAGAAGCUCCAGUUGGAGGGAUUGGAGAAGGCGAGAGGACGUCCUCCUAAGGUGCUGGUGUUGGCGCCCACCCGAGAGUUGGCAAUCCAGGUCGCGAAGGACUUUAAGGACAUUGCUAAAAGAGUGAAUAUCUGUUGUUUCUAUGGAGGCAGCUCAUACAACCCGCAAAUUGACGCCAUCCGUAAUGGGAUUGAUAUUUUGGUCGGAACCCCUGGCCGUAUUAAAGAUCACAUUCAGAAUAAUAAGCUUGACCUCUCAAAACUGAAGCAUGUGGUUCUGGAUGAAGUGGACCAAAUGCUGGACAUGGGAUUUGCUGACCAAGUGGAAGAAAUACUUGUUCACUCCUAUCAGAAAGAUGGCGACUCAAACCCCCAAACUCUCCUGUUUUCGGCCACCUGCCCUCCGUGGGUCUACAAUGUAGCCAAGAAAUACAUGAAGCCUGAUUGCAAGCGUGUUGACCUUAUUGGCACUAAAACACAGAAAACUGCAACAACUGUGGAACAUCUGGCCAUAGCAUGCCACUGGUCACAGCGUGCUGCGGUGAUAGGAGAUGUGAUUCAGGUUUACAGUGGCAGCCACGGGCGAACCAUCAUCUUCUGCGAGACCAAGAAAGAGGCCAAUGAACUUUCCAUGAAUACGUCCAUCAAACAGAACACCCAGUCCCUCCACGGAGACAUUCCUCAGAAACAGAGGGAAAUGACCCUGAAAGGCUUCAGAAGCGGAUCCUUUGAGGUUUUGGUGGCGACCAACGUGGCAGCCCGUGGGUUAGACAUCCCUGAAGUCGACCUGGUAGUUCAGUGUUCUCCACCCAAGGAUGUGGAAUCAUACAUUCAUCGCUCGGGGAGAACUGGCAGAGCUGGGAGGACUGGAAUGUGCAUUUGUUUCUAUCAGCGGAAAGAGGAGGAUCAGCUACGCUAUGUGGAAAACAAAGCUGGCAUCACAUUCAGACGAGUCGGUGUUCCCACUGCCAAUGACAUCAUCAAGUCAUCAAGCAAGGAUGCGCUAAGAUUCCUGGACUCGGUUCCAGCGACAGCCGUCGAAUACUUCAGAGAGUCUGCCGAGAAGCUUAUUGAGGAGAAAGGAGCAGUGGACGCUUUGGCCGCUGCUUUGGCGCACAUUUCUGGAGCUACGAGUUUAGAGCAGCGGUCACUGCUCUCCUCGGAUGCUGGUUACACCACCAUGCAGUUGGUAUGUUCUCAGGAGAUGCAUAAUAUGGGUUAUGCCUGGAAAAGCAUCAAAGAACAACUGGGAGAGGAGGUUGAGAAAUACAUCCAUCGAAUGACCUUCAUCAAAGGGAAAAUGGGUGUCUGCUUUGACGUCCCAGUCGACAAAGUCAAGGAGAUCCAGGAGGGCUGGAAAGAUGGUCGGCGUUGGCACCUCACAGUAGCCACAGAGCUCCCAGAACUGGAGGCCAGGCCGCAGGGUAACCGUGGCGACAGAGGAGGCGAAAGAGGAGGGAGAUUCCGAGGUGGUGGUGGCGGCGGGCGUGGUUUCGGGGGAAGCCGUGGACGUAGUGGCAAUGGCUUCCGUAGAAGCGGCGGCGGUAACGGCAGAAGCGGCGGCGGUAACGGCAGAAGCAGAGGCGGACAGAAACGCAGCUUCAGUCGAGCAUUUUGAUUGCUGGACUGUCAACAAAUAGGACUGGCUGUCUUGCCUUUUGGCCUGGCAGUGUUUUCUAUUGGCUGUCAGAUAUGGAGCCACUUUUGGGGGUUAAAAUCCCCGUCAUGAUACAAUGGUGUCAGGUAUUCAAAAAAGUAUUUAAAUCUCAUACUCAACUAAAAAAAAGGGUCUCCUGAAAAUGUAAGGCAAAGCCCGUUUUCAGAAGAUGGGCUGGCACGUUGGACCAAUGGGGGCCCAUUUAUAAUAAGACUUGGCUCCAACACAUCACCUGACGGGCUCAACUUUCACUUUCACAAUCAGUACAUUACUGAAAUCCAAAGUGAAUGUUUGAGAAGAAAGGAGUAUGUCACUGAGUGUUUGGCAGCCCGUUUUUAAUACUUUGCUCUUAUGUGGGAGGUAAGAUUUCUGCCUCCAUCCUUUUAAAGGAAUGAUUAUUGUCAACCUUUAUAGUGGUGGAGUUGGUGUGCUGCCUAAACUCGGGUGGGACACUCUCAAACUAUUGGAUGAUUGCUUUGCAAUUGCCUUGUUUUACUUCCUGUUUUUGUCUUGUUUCUCUUCAUUUCAGUGAACUGUGUUCAUUAAAAAAGGUCAACCAA